CCCUGGGAAGGAAGAUGCCCAACUGGACCACUGUAACCGAGUUCCUCCUCCUGGGCUUCUCUGACACUCGGGAGCUGCAGAUCUUACACUUUGUCAUCUUUCUCGCAGCAUACCUGGCAGCUCUGGUGGGGAACCUGCUUGUUAUCACUGUUGUAACUACGGACCACCACCUCCACAGCCCCAUGUACUAUUUUUUGGCAAAUUUAUCCAUCCUUGACCUUGGCUCCAUCUCCGCCAUUGUCCCGAAGUCCAUGGCCAAUUCUCUCUUAAACACCAGGACAAUUUCCUAUGCUGGAUGUGUGUCCCAAGUUUUUCUCUUCUUGCUCUUUUGUGCAGUCAACUUUUCAUUCCUUACCAUCAUGGCAUAUGACCGAUCCAUUGCCAUCUGCAAGCCACUGCAUUAUGAGAUAAUAAUGAACAGGAGAGCUUGCAUCUGGACGGCUAUCUGUGCUUGGGCUACAGGUGUAAUUUAUUCAGCAAUGCACACGGGGAACACCUUUAGUCUCCCCUUCUGCCACUCAAAUAUCAUCAACCAGUUCUUUUGUGAAGUGCCCCAGCUACUCAAGCUCUCCUGCUCUGAUGCAUACCGCAGAGAGCUGGCAGCUCUUGUCUUCAGUAUGUUUUUAGUUCUAGGCUGUUUUGUUUUCAUCGUUGUGUCGUAUGUUCAGAUCUUCACCGCAGUGUGGAGAAUCCCCUCGGAGCAGGGCAGGCAGAAAGCCUUCUCCACCUGCGUUCCUCACCUUAUCGUAGUCUCCCUGUUUCUUUCCACUGGUGGCAUUGCCUACUUGAAGCCCAUCUCUGACUCCCCGUCCCCCCUGGAUCUCCUGGCAGCUGUUCUGUAUUCUGUGGUGCCUCCAUUGAUGAAUCCGGUCAUCUACAGCAUGAGGAACAAGGAGAUCCAAGCUGCCCUGAGGAAGCUGCUCCACAGACUGAUCCUGUCCAUGAACAAUAUGCCCAUCUUUCUUUCAUGAAUUUACUUAGGUUUGUUUUAUAAUUAAAUCAUGAAAUUAUUGUUUCCAUACUAUAGUGUACAAACUAUUUAAAAAAAAAUAAGCUGGAGGGUUAAUUCUGUAGCUUUGUAAGUACAAUGACAUUUGACUUUGGUCAUUUUGUGUUAACACUGCUGAAGCAGGAAAGUGAUGUUUCAUGCAUUAAUUUUACU